AUGGAUUGGUGCUCAUGGCUAUCGAAAACAAGCCUCGAGCCAUCGCUCGCGUACGAAUACGGGCAAGCUCUCAUCCGAAACGAGCUCCAACUCGAGGACCUAACCUACUUCAACCACGAGUUCCUUCAAAGCCUCGGAAUCUUCGUGGCCAAACACAGGCUCGAAAUACUCAAGCUAGCAAGAAAAGAGGUCGUCAAGAGGGGAAUAACCAUGAAUUAUGGUUUGUCGAGGCUAGUUUCGGCAGUAAACAAGACUCGGAAGCUCAUCACGAAAAACAUCUCCAAGCUCGGGCCCAAAAGAAAUCCGUCCUCAUUGUUUCCAUUCAACAACAACAACACGGCUCCCGACGAGUCGCCUUACCGGAACCAUUGGAGUGGGGCCCUCAAGAGAGUCAAUGUGGGCCCUGGUAGGAACGCGAUGUGGUCGGGCCCACUGGAUAAGAGGAUGAUGCAGCAGCAAAGGUGCAGCAUGGGCCCAAAUAGUGUUUCUGGGCCUCUGGAUGGGGGAAUGAUAAUGAGGGAGAGGGCCGUGUAUCCGGAUUGGAGCCCAAUGGGCCCUGGCCGGCCCAUUAAUGACGGACGGGUGAAAGAUGGGUCGGGUUUUGUCUGUAGGAGCCCUACGGUGUCUGGGCCGAUUGAAAGGUUGGGCCUCAGCCCGCACAUGGGGUAUGGUAGAGGCGGGAAGGUCGUGGAUCGGGAUCAGGGGGCUCAGUCGUUGUGGUCCAUUAUGUUUCGAGAUAUGAAGCCCACUUAA